AGGGGCAGGCUGCGGGCGGCGAGCGGCCGGGGCCGGGCUGGACCGGGUCCCCCUCUCCUGAAGUCUGUGUGCGUGUGCCCGCGGGGCGGGCGGGCGGCAGCGGCGGUGGUCGCUUUCAGCGCGAGGCGCCGAGUGGAGCCGAGCCGAGAAUAGCUCUUACCUCAGCGCGCUGCAGGCCCAGCAGGGGUGGCCACGCACACCGAACCGCGUCCGCCUAAACUCAACCUCGCGUUCCCAGACGGCGUGGGACUGACGCUGGCCCUUCUUUGCAGAGCACCAUGUCCCAGGCACGGCGGAGCCCCAGGCGCGUCCUUCUCUCCAGAUACCCCAACGGAGCGCCAGAGGAGCAGACGUAUGGCAGCCUCCUGGCAGCGCCAGACGCUGCAGAGCAAAUGGAACUCAAUAUCAGCUCAGCUAUCCAGGUUGGCCAUCAGCUGGCACUGAUUGGGGAUGAAUUUAACAGAGCCUACAGCAGGAAGAUUGAAGACACACUGCUUCACCUGGCACGCAGGGUUGCUAUCAGUGUUUUCCAGACGUGGAAUAUUAUUAAAAGUGUUACAAGAAGCUUUGGAAACUUUUUGAACAAUAACUGGACAAAGAGGAUCGCUGGCUAUGGAAGCUGGGUUUGCCGGCUUCCUUUCAGGUGUGUCUGCCAGAAGCUGGUGCCUGCAGCUCUGCUUGCUGUCGCAUUUUGGUGGGCCAUAAGCCAUGGACUGCAGAAUUAACACAGAAUUACCAUAGGAGGUCAUUGCUGGACUCUGACCAAUAUAAUGAACACCCAGGUGGUGGCAGCUGGUUUGUUUUUCAAAUUUACACUGAUAAAAAUCUCUUUUAUAUUUAAAACCUAGGCUAGUGCUGGGUCACUGCUGUUUCAUACCUUUUUUAAAAAGAAAAAUGUUUAAAAUUAUGAGGUUGUUGCUGGAUAACUGCCUGACUUGCUAGUUUUGAAGUGUGAGGCCAGGUUACAAAGUCCAUUUCUGUCCUUUUUUCGUUUGUUUUAAUGCAAUGUAAGGCGUCUAUUUCAUAUCAUGGAGUUUCUUGAAAAGAUUCCGGCUGUGGGAGGAGACAGAAGGCAUGCUGGUCAUCCUUAAAACUUAAACACUGUAAAAGCAAUAGCAGAGAUAAAAACCAUGAUACUUUUUCUAAAAUUAAAUCGUUGCUUCACAUCU